AAUUAAAAAAAAAAAUAAACUAAUAUAUUUAAUAUCAAUUUUUUAUAAAUUUAAAUAACAAAAGAAAUGAAAAUGUUAAAAUUAUUAUCUACAAAUUUCGUGCUAUUACUUGCUGUAAACUUUAUUAAUUGUCAUGGCCACUGGAAUGGACAUGGCAUGGGUAAUAAUCGUUUUAUACGUGGUUUUGAGCAGAAUUUUUGUCGCACCCCUUUAGAUCAAAUGGGUACUUGUGUUUCAUUGAAAUUUUGCCCCGAAGUUUUAACUUUAUUUACAAAAUUACCACAAAAUUCAGCUAAACAAUAUUCUACAAAUUUGCAAAGAAUAUGUGGAAAUCGUAUAACACCCGAUCAGUAUCCAGUUGUUUGUUGUACCGUAGUAUCAAGAAUAGAUAACUCAGAGCCUGCGACUUCUUCCAGCACAACAACAACUACCACCACUACAACUAGCACCACAGAAGCGCCUGUGGAAACUGUUACUGCUAAUAAAAACUUAAAUACUCAAGAGUCAAGCUGUUUUGCCAAAGAUUUUAAAACCGGAACUUGCAAACCCCUUCAAGACUGCCCCAUUCUAUAUGAAGAGCUUAAAAGAGAUCCCAACAAUGAACAAUUUAAGACAGACCUCCGAAAUUCACAUACAUCAUGUGGUGCUCAAAGUACCAUUAUCUGUUGCCCGCCCGAACAGAAUGCAUCAACAACACGAGUUGCUAACAACAAUAAUACAACAAUACAUCAAUUGCCCACCGAAGAAGAAGGUUGUGGUCUUGUUAAUGUUACAUUACCCAAAAUUGUGGGUGGUGAAGAAAGUCAAAUAGGAGCUUGGCCAUGGAUGGCUUUAAUAGGUUAUGAUCCCUAUAGUGUUAGACCAUUUCGUUGUGGUGGUACUUUAGUAUCGGCUAGACAUGUUAUAACAGCAGCUCAUUGUAUACGACAUGAUUUGUCGUUUGUACGAUUAGGCGAAUUUGAUUUGUCUAUUGAAUCGGAAACUAGGCAUGUGGAUGUCAAUGUUAUUAAGCAUUCAAAACAUCCUCAAUAUGGUAAAGAUCGUCGCUCAGAUUUGGCCAUUUUACUAUUGGAACAUAUUGUGCAGUUUACAGAAUUAAUUGCUCCCAUUUGUAUGCCCAAUUCAGUACAAUUACGUACGCGUUCUUAUAUAGACUCAAUGCCUUAUGUUGCCGGUUGGGGCUAUACCAUGCAGGGUGGUAGUCCAUCACAUGUUUUAAAACAGACCCAAUUACCCAUACAACCUAAUGAUGUUUGUCGUCGUAUCUAUGGUAAUCUUUUGCCAAGUAUACCGGCUGAAGACUUCAAUGAUUCAAUAUUUUGUGCCGGCUAUACUAUUGGCGGUACAGAUACUUGUCAAGGCGAUUCGGGAGGACCUUUAAUGAUACCGGAACUUUAUAAAGGCAUUACUCGUUACUAUUUAAUAGGUGUAGUUUCCUAUGGUCAUGGCUGUGGUAAAGUUCCUGGAAUUUAUAUCAAUAUUCAAAAGAAAAUGGAUUGGAUUUUAGAGAAAAUACAAGAAAUGUAAUGUUGUGCGACCACCAACGAUAGUAAAUAAGACCAACAACAGAUCAAAUUCUUAUAAUUUUGUUGAUUUCUUUAGAAAUUUUCUUUCAAAAUCAAAAAACUUUUAUAAAACUAUAAAAAAGUCACGAAAUUUAGUUAAGAGUAUAGUUCAUUAUGUAGUGAAGACUAAAAUCGGUUCAAUAGUUUGGACUAUAGUCAAUUCCAUAGUCUAGGACAUAUUCAUUCUAAAAUCUAAACCAGAGUUAUGUCUAUCCAGACUAAAGUCGAGUUAAUGAUUCUGACUGUUGUCGAGUCUAUAGUUUUGAAUAUCAUUCUAUAUUUGGAUCUAUAGUCCUGGCUACUGUCGCUUCUGUAUUCCUGACUAUGGUCGAAUCUAUAGUCCAUACUAUAAAACGGACUGAAGUUCAGUCUAUAUUCUAGACAUCAUUAAAGGUCAAACUAUACAAUAGAUCAUAGAACUCAUUAUAAUCCACACUAUAGAAUGUAUUAUAGUCCAAACUAUAGAACUGAACAUCGUGCUAACUGUAGAACAGAAUAUAUACUCUAGACUUAAUACAACACUAUAGACCAGACUAUAUACAACACAAAAGACCAGUUUAUAGAUAAUACUAUAGUCCAGAGUAUAUACUCUAUAGUGAAGACUAUAGUCCCGUUCAUAGUGCAGUAUUUAGUCGAGUCUAUAAUCCAGACUAUAGAAGAGACUAUAUAGACUAUACAGACUAUAUACAACACAAAAGACCUGUUUAUAGAUAAUACUAUAGUCCAGACUAUAUACUCUAUAGUGAAGACUAUAGUCUCGUUUAUAGUCCAGUAUUUAGUCGAGUCUAUAAUCCAGACUUUAGAAGAGUCUAUAGUCCAUACACUACAACGCAAUAGACUAGUUUAUAGACAAUACUAUAGUCCAGACUAUAUACUCUAUAGUGAAGACUAUAGUCUCGUUUAUAGUCCAGUGUUUAGUCGAGUCAAUAGUCGAAUCUGUAGUCUAGACUUUAGUUGAUCAGUCAGUUUCGAAAGCUUUUCCCAGAAAUAAUACCUUAAACUAAUGAUAAGAAUCAUUAACAGUAAAUUAAACAAAUAUUUGUAAAUAAAUAAUAGAUUUAUUAAUUAUUUUGUAAGUUUUAUAACAAUUUAAAAUACAAACUAUUUGAUUAAACUUAAGUAAACAAAUAUAGAA